AUGUUAUAUGACAUUGAGCAAAAAGAAGAAUUAAGGGCAGGAACUAAACUAACCAAACGACACGUCCAAUUCCAUAAUGCAAAAAUGAAUGUGCGUUUGGCUGCCCAGACUCUUAGUGAAAGUGUAGCAGAUGCACUUUGUUACUUAAAAAAUCAAAAUGAACACUUUAGUGAUGUAGAACCAACCGCAGAAUUUAUCAGAUACAUAAAUAAUGAUUUUGAUAUUUUAAAUAGUAGAUAA